CUGCAGGUCCAGACUGAAGCCUGAGAAUGGGGCCUGGAGGGAACAAGACUGUGGCCUGGUUUCUGAAGACCCUGUAACACAUCCCUGCCAAAAUGUAAGGAAGUGGGGACUUAAGAAGUGAUUUGUCCAAAGUCUCACAGCUGGUACUUGGUAGAGCUGAGAUUUAAAUCCAAAUCUGACUUCACCUACAUUCUUUUUAUUUUAUGUUUUGAAACUAUGGAUAGCUGAGCAUUGAAGAUGGCAGUUCCAGGAUUUACCCUCAGUGCCUUCGUAUUUCUGUUGCAUGUUAAUUCGGUGGCCAGUUACCCCAACGGAAAAGUAACAAAGUCAUGCCAUCGAAUGGUUCCUGAACAUGGUCAUAGCCCACAGUCUGAGCCAACUCACCACAUGGCAGUGAGUCAGACGACAUUCAGACCCGGAGACCAGAUUGAAGUUACUUUGUCAGGACGACCUUUUAAAGGCUUUCUUUUAGAAGCUCGCAAUGCUGAGGAUUUGGAUGGCCCUCCUAUUGGUUCCUUCAUGUUGAUUGACAGUCAGGUGUCACAACUUCUGACUUGUGAAGAUAUACAGGGAUCAGCUGUGAGUCACACAAGUUCAUCCAAAAAAACAGAAAUUAAAGUUUAUUGGAAGGCUCCAAGCAGUGCCCCAAAUCACAUACGGUUUCUAGCCACAGUUGUUGAGAAGUAUAAAAUCUACUGGGUGAAGAUUCCUAGUCAGAUAAUUUCACAGCCAAAUGCACUUCUUUUUACAACACCUAAAGCUACAACAGCCCCAUCGUCAACAUCACCUCCAAUCUCCCAUUUAACCAAACCAUUCAGUGCCUCAGACUGUGGGAACAAGAAGUUCUGUAUCAGGAGUCCUUUGAACUGUGACCCAGAGAAGGAGCACACCUGUGUCUUCUUGUCCUUCAUGAGAGAUGAGCAGUCAGUGGUGGUGGAAAUGAGUGGUCCUGGGGAAGGCUAUUUAUCUUUUGCAUUUUCUCGUGACCGAUGGAUGGGCAAUGAUGAUGCUUACAUGUGUAUUCGGGAGGAUCAGACUGUCCAUAUACAGCCUUCCCAUUUGACAGGACGAAGUCACCCCAUGAUGGAUUCCAGGGGUCCUCUUGAGGAUAUGGCUUGGAGGUUGGUGGAUGGUAUUAUGCAGUGUUCUUUCAGAAGAAAGAUUACCCUUCCUGGGGUUAAGAAUAGAUUUGAUCUAAACACAAGCUACUACAUAUUCCUAGCAGAUGGUGCAGCUUUUGAUGGUCGAAUUUAUAAGCACCCUCAGCAACCUUUGAUUACACAUGACAAACACGAUGUGACAGACUCUCCAAAGGAUGUAGGAGGAUCUCGCUCUUCACUCCUUUUGAAGGUUCAUGCUGCCUUAAUGUUCGUGGCAUGGAUGAGUACUGUCAGCAUGGGUGUGCUGAUUGCCCGGUUCUUCAGACCUGUCUGGUCAAAAGCUUUCUUCUUUGGUGAAGCAGUUUGGUUUCAGCUGCAUCGGAUGCUCAUGCUCACCACAUCUGUGCUCACCUGCAUUGCUUUUGUUAUGCCCUUUAUAUACAGAGGAGGCUGGAGUUGGCACGCAGGUUACCAUCCAUACCUCGGUUGUAUAGUGAUGACCUUGGCAGUUCUGCAGCCUCUUCUGGCAGCCUUCAGGCCACCUUUCCAUGACCCAAGAAGGCAGAUAUUUAACUGGACUCACUGGAGUGUGGGAACAGCUGCUAGAAUAAUAGCAGUGGCAGCAAUGUUCCUAGGAAUGGAUUUACCAGGAUUGACUCUUCCUGAUCCACAGAAAACCUAUGCAAUGAUUGGAUUUGUUAUCUGGCACAUUGGGACUGAGGUUGUUUUGGAGAUACAUGCUUACCGACUCUCUCGAAAAGUCGAAAUAUUGGAUGAUGAUAGAAUUCAGAUCCUUCAGUCAUUCACUGUAUCUGAAGCAGAGGGCCAUACUUUUAAAAAGACGGUGUUGGCAGUUUAUGUUUGUGGGAAUGUGACUUUUCUUAUCAUAUUCUUAUCUGCGAUCAGCCACGUAUGAACAAGUAAAGACUAUUUUUGUGGUCCUGGUGAUAAUUAUCAUCAAAUCAAAUAAACUUGAAGCUUUUACUAAUUGUCUGGAGUAUGUUCAUGAAUUCCAGUUUGGAAGACCAAGUUUGUGUUUACAGAGGAAUUCUGAUGUCUAGUCUUUACAGAUAAAAUUCAGUGGGGUCAUAUAGACCAUAAACUGAUGUGAAACCCUGUGUAUAAUCCUGCAUCUUAAAGGCAAUGUUGUGCUUGAGGAGAAAUAACGUCAAAUAUUCCAUGCCAAGAUUUUAAGAAUGUUAGCAUUUAAAAGAAUAAACAGGAAUGAUCUGGACAAACAAAACAGAUACUGUUCCAAGGCAAUUGUAUUAAGGUAAAAUAUUUUGGACUACAAAGCUGCUAUGGUACUCUAAAGAAAUGUUUAUUUUUACUAAUAUAUCUGAGUGGUCUUUGGAUUUCUUUUAAAGAAACUAUGUUUCUGGGACAUUUUAUUUGCUCUGUAUAUCAAUACUUCUUUUGUUAAAGGUAGAGGUGGGAUUGACCCCAAUGUAGAUUUCAUUAACAUUUAUAUAUUAUUAGUAUUAUAAUUUCUUUGUUAGUAGUGAAAUGCAAGUAGGUAUUUUUUGCUUAAAGAUCUUAUUUAUUUAUUUAGCUACAGAGCCAAAAUGGCAUAUAUGUUAAUUGUUUUGACUGUAAGAUUUAAUUCUUAUAGCAUUUUAGACAUUGUAUUUCAAAAUUAAUAAAACUCACCCUUGAGCUCAUAUGUAAUAGAUGUUCUCUUUCCUUGUUGACAUAAAAUCAUAUGAGUGAUUUUGUUUUGUAAGAAGUUCCUAAUGGUUUAAUGAAUCAGCAGAGUCAGUGUUAUUUUCUUUAUUUCAAUAAUUUUAUCUUCUGUUUUUAUGGCUGUUUCAUUUGUUAUGAGGACCUCUAGCCAGUGGAUGGCACUGUAAUACUGAAUUUUUCCUUGCUUCCUGUUUUCCUGUGCUGUGAUUCACUUUUAGUACUUAAAAAUCAGGGGAUGGCAUUUUCAUUACAUUCUUCCAGCUUGUCUUAAUCUGUAUUUGAAAUAUUUCUGCAUUUUUUUUUUUUUGGUUUGCAGUUAUGGGUGUUGAAAUUCGAAUUAGGAACAAGUGUUAUUAUUUUUUAGUUUAAUUUUUGUGUUUUUAAAAAAAUAACAAUUGUUUGCUAGUUCCCUUUACAUUCCUUUACAUAUCCUGUAGCAAAUGAACAUAAUUAUCUUAGGCAAAAUAGUACAUCUUUAAAAUAGAAAGUUUAGAGAUCAGACUUUAAUUCUUUAGCUCUUCUUUCUGAUUAUGUUAUGUUUUGGCUUGGCCUAAGAACCUAAUUUCUGUCUGUAAGAAGUGGCUUCAGUGCUGGGGAUUGAACUUGAGUCCUUGUGCUUGCGCUGCAGGUGGCGAAACCAGUGAGCUAAAUCCCCGGCCCGAAGUUUUGUUUUUAUUCGUUAUGUAGAUGGUUAGCACGAGUAUUUUAGGGUUUAGAUAAGAACUUUCUGUGUUCUUAUUCUAUAGGUGCUACACUACUUAUAAUCAGACCCUCUGAAAAUGUCUAUAUUUAAAAAAAAUUAGGAUAGCAAAUUAAAUAUUAUAGUAAAAUAUUUUCCUUAUGUUUUUUGUUGUAAUGGGCUUAACGGCUAACAAAUUUCUCUUUAUAAAUUGUAUUCUAUAUCUGACAAGGAAAAAUUUAAGGGAAAGAUGACCCUAGCUUGUGUUUGGUAGGAGUUUGCUGGGCUUCUAGAGCUGAGGCCAAAAAUCAUAACUUUUUCUUUUUCACUGAUUCAUAUGUUGGCACUAUUCUGAUAACUAUCCCAGCUGACAUACAGAGUUGUCAAAAGAAAUAGUUGUCACUUCACCUUUUUAAAAAAUAUUUUUAUUGUAUGAAAAAAAUUUCAAAAUCAUAUGAGAAUAAUAGUUAUUGCACUGUGUAUCAUUAUCUUCAAAGUAGCUACUUAGAAUAAAAAACAUAAAUCAAAGAUUCUAAACUGGUACCACUGAUUCUAAACUGGUACUGUGGAAAUCAGUGUGGAGAUUCCUCAAAAAACUAAAAUAGAAAUUCUAUUGAGCCAACUAUUCCCCUUCUAGGUAUCUUCCCCAAAGAGAUAAAAUCAUCAUAUUAGAGGGAUAUAUGCAUACCCUUGUUUAUACUACUAGCUUAUCAUAGUUCAUUAAAAAGAAAGAUUUGUGUUAUUAUCUGUUUCUUUUUUGGUAAGAAUCUAAUCUUUCCAGUAGCACCAAGUUAAGACUUUUCUGCUUAUGGGUGGUUGGUACUGACAGAUUUCAAAUACUUAUUCUUUACUCCUCUCAGUUUUUUAUUUGUCUAAUAAACAAUCUGCAUAGUUUGAAAAAUGAUUUCUUUCAUUAGGAGUGAUUGUUAAGCAUAACGCUUUUAUAUCUUAGCAACACUGCUCAAAACAGUGAGCAAAAUCGUAAAUUUUCUUAAAGAAACAAUGGUCUGUAAAAUAAAGAUCAGCAUGUUUUUCAGGAAAAAAAUGAAAUUAAUUCUAGAAAAUUGUGGUUAGGGUAGUAUUCAUAAUUGAGACUUUUUGUUUUUAUUAUCUUUAGUUCUGUGGAAAUCAAUCUUAAGGGCAUAGGUGGUAUAGAGCAUGAAUUAUCAAAUAAGUGAAUCAAAUUCACUCUAGUGCAUACUUGGUUUCUUCAGGAAUUUAGGCUGUGAUGUGUGUCAAGUGAUGUCUCAUCCUUUCUACAUCCAGCCCCAGUGUAGGACUGGGAAAGACAAAUACAGCAGAUAUCAACUAGGAAGUAUUAGGGGCACAUGUAGCUCUUGGCUGAAAUUUUGUUUAUCUGUGACUGUUGAAGUACCGGCCAGGAGAACAAAGGCCCUUGUUUAAGUUAAUCCAUUAUAGAUGGGAAUGAAAGGUUCUCCUAAUUUCCUUCAAACUAAAUUAGGUUACUCACUGUUUUUGUUGAUGUUCUGCUUUCUUCCUUAUCCAUUUCCUGACAGGCUCAUCUAUGUGGCCGUGUCCCUGAUGGUCACCUGCCUGGAAUGCCAUUUCUGUUCUCUCCCUAGCAGAACCUGGCUUAUCAAGUUUUAGCCCAAGGUCUUUCUUCUCUUUGGAGCCUUCCUUGACUCUCUUUCCAACCUGGGUUUCCUUUCCCUCACCUUCCUAUAAGUAUGGUGCUGGUGGGAUAGGACGCAGGUCAUCCUGUAAAUUGAAAAGGACUGGGAGUUGGGAGUCGGAAGGAUCUACUUUUGCUGGUUGAGUUACAAGCUGCACGUCCAUGACCGAACCACUUACCUUCUGUGAGCUCCACUCUGUCUGUGUGACCCAUCUCACUGAGCAAUGGUGAGGAUGGAAAAAAGUGAUGCCAGCCAACGGGGCUUGUUUUGUACAUGUUGAUGACAGUGUCUCUGCUAUUUUCUUAUAGUAUUGUUUUUGCAUAUAAAGUGUAUAGUUUUUGCUAUAUAAAAAUAUUUGACGUUCAUCUUGAAAACAUUGUGUUAAAUAAAAUAAGCCAGACAAAAAAGGA